UCAAAAUCAGUCCGCCCUCCCGUUCGUCAUCAGAUCACCUCUCUCUCGAACUCGGAGGGUUCGAUUCAGAGCGACAACUGACAAGUCCCUGAAAAUGGCGAUGGUGGAGAAGCUUAUACUGCAGAUCUUCGAGAGGAAGAAGUGGAUCGUCGAGCAGGUGAAGCACCAGACCUUUGUCUACGACCAACACCUCGCAUCAAAAUGUCUUAUCGAUGGAAUAUCCCCUCCUACCUGGCUUUGGUCGUCUUCGUUUCAGCCCCAGACCACGGAUAUUAGUGAGUUGAGGAGAGAGGAGCUUAUCUCAGGCCUCCUGCUCCCGCUUCCACACCCUGCAGCUCAUCACACCAGUAGCCAACGAUUGCUGUAUGAAACACCCGUUGUUACUGCUGAUAAUGGGGGUUCAUGCAUGGAAAUUCCUGCUUUCAGAGAAGAUUUUGAUGCCAGAGAUGGGUUGUCUGUUUUUCCCCAGUUUCCUAACAUUGGUGCUGGAUGUGCCUCUAGUGGUGCUCCUGAUCAAGACCCCAGUGUUACAUCUCCCGAAGAAUUUAGAGACUCAAGAAUCUCAGACAAUUACAAUGAGGUAUCACUAUCGUUGGCAAGGCUUCAGAGAUCCAAAUCGAGGCAAAGGGCUCUAGAGCUUCGGAAUAGUGUACGAGCAACUAAAUCCAAUUCCUGUUAUGAGAGAGAUGUUGGUUCUUUUGCUUGUCAACUUGAUGAGUUAGAGCUGACAAAAUCUGCUGAUGUUGACUUUGGAAGUUAUGCACUAGAGGAAGCAAACACAGGUCAAUAUAAUGAGGAUAGCAUUGGUGGUCAUGACAGUCAAAAUGCACUGCAGUACGACUAUCUUGAUGAGUCAAAGCCCCCGAAUCCUGUUGAUGGAGAGAAUGAACAUUGUGUGGUUACUGCGGUAGAAGAAGCACAAGUAGGCCAAACUGAUGAGCAUAAUGUUGGUGCCCCUAGCUGUAAAAUUUUACUGGAGAAUAACCGUGAUGCAUUAGAGCUGGAAAAACCUAUCAAUACAGGCGACGAAAGUUGCAGAGCAGAUGAAGCCAAAGCAGGUCCACGUGAUGAGAAUGUUUUUGAUGCUUGUGCUAUUGGAAUUACUCCUAGGUUUGAUAAUGUUGAGGAGCCAGAAUGCGUCAAACCUGUUGAUUGUUGUAUUGAUUUUUGUACAACUGAAGAAAUCAAAGUUGGUGACCAUGAUAAGAAUAACAUUACUGCGUGCUCUGGUCAGCGUAUGAUAGAACUUGAGCAUGUUGGUAUAUUUGAGGGAACCAAACCUGUUGAUGUAAGUAGAGAAAAAAGGAAGGAAAGUGGUGGGUAUAUAUACUCUGCUAGAGAUACAAGAUUGAGAAGUUCUGGCCAAAAUCCCAGCAAUGCAAAAGAACCAAUAGAUGCAGCUAAAUCUUCUGGAACCAUCAAGGAAUAUGGAAGUGAACUUUUGGAGUAUAAUGGUAAGUCAGCACAACAACCAGACCUUGCGAGAGAUUUGGCAGACCUAGUAAACCCUUCUGACGGUGACAAGGAAGAUGAUUUUCUGAAAUCACUACGAAAACCCUGCCAAGUUGAUGAAAUGCUACAACUGGCUAGACCUUUUGAUGUGGUUGAUGGUACCUGUGGAAGUGUGACGAGAUCUAGCCGUAGAGUUGGGUUGGAUGCUCUAUCCUCAGGGCCACCAUCUGAAGCUAUGUCAAUGAAACUGAAGCAACUUGAUUUUGAUGAUGGGGAAGAGUACAGUUUGAAUGAUACUUCAUGGCUUGCUAUGAAAAAGAAAAAGCUUAGUAUGUUGCCAGACAAAAUUUGUAUCCACUGUUGCAUUCUGCUGAUCUACCAGAAAAAGUAGUCUCUGCUGGUCAACAAGAAAAGAAAUAC